UUCUUUACAAUGGAUUACGUCGAUAUACAGGCCGUCGAAUCGAAGCUUACCGACGUGACGGUCACUCCGAUACCAAUGAUAAAGAAUGCACACACCAAUCACAACACCAGCGGUAGCGGCAGCAGCAGUAACUACAACAACACGGCCAACAUUACGAUUACUCCGCAGGUUAAUCAUCGCAGCAGCAGCAACAGCACCAGUAACAAUAUCAACAACCAUCACAGUGGCCUAUCCUCGGCGGUCAACGAUAUGUCCUCGGGUGCGCUAGCAUUAACCGUCGCAUCAAACAACAGUGCCGCGAAUCUUGUCGCACCGGUCACCACGUUUAAUCACUUCCCCAACAAUGCCGGACUGUCGAAGUACGCACAGCUGCUAAUGGUAAUCGAGGAGAUGGGGCGAGAUUUGCGCCCGACGUACUCCGGCAGCAGGAAUUCAGCCGAACGGUUGAAACGAUUGAUCGUGCACGCACGCAUUCUGGUCCGCGAGUGCUUGGUAGAGACGGAACGAUCCGCCAGACAGUGA